GGACCGGGGCGGACAGGUGGACGGAGGCGCUCCCUGCUUGCUUAGCUUUCCCCGGUGCAGCUUCCACGGAGCUCCGGCUGCUGUGUCCGUGUCAGAAUGAGUCAGUUCGGCUCCCAGAGGGGCCUUAACCUGCAGGGCCGCAGUAUGAGUUCCAGAGGCGACCUGACUGGCGAGGGGGGUUAUUACGCACACAGCGAAGUCUUGCACGGAGGCGGUAAUGGAUACGAGCCCUAUUUAGACGGAUACACCUACACCUUUUCCAAGUCAUCGGGCGGCAUGGCAGGCGGAAUGUCAGGCGGUACGAUGACCGGUAUGUCAGGCGGUACGAUGACCGGUAUGUCAGGCGGUACGAUGACCGGUAUGGUAGGCUUACCGGUGAACCAGAUGAGCGGUAUGUCAGGCGUUACGAUGAGCCGUAUGGCAGGCGGAAUGACGAGCGAAAUGAUGAUUGGAGGCGGAAUGACAGGCGGCACGCUGAGCAGCAUGAAAGGCGGCAAAGGAGGCGGAAUGAGUGCUGCCAUUUCCAUCCACCAGAGGGCCUUGACCCUGCAGCACCAGUGCCAGGAGUACCUGAAGACAGCCGAAAACGCCCUUAAGUCUGGUGCUUCUGGUGAUGCAGAGCGCUUCAUGUUGAAGGCUAGAGAGACCAUUGAGCAGCUGAAGAUCUGCGCAAUGGACCUGAGACAGAUGGGACAGCCCAGUGACAACGUCAUCAGGACUGUGGAGGUAUGUAAUGACCAUCUGAAGGACGUCCACUUCGCCAUGACAGGCAGCAUUCACAGGAGGAGGAGCACCAGAGGGAGCUCUGGAGGCUGGGAGGAGCCUGGAAGAAGCUUUGAAGAUGCUAUUGCUUGGAUUGCACAGCAAAAGCGUCUGAUUGAAACUGCCCCCUGGGGAGACGAUCCUGCUGCCAUCGAUCAGCAGCUCAUCAACCACCAGAAGUUUAACAUCUCCAUCCAAAAGAGCACCGAGGUUGACAGAGCCAAAGACGACCUGGAGAAGAAAGGAGACAAGGGAAAUCUUCAUGCUCUGGCUCAGGAAUGGGACAGUCUGCAGAAUAUGUCGAAAAAUCGCUUUGACCAGCUGCAAGACCUGAAGAGCAUCAUUCAGGAGAUAUCCAAAGCGAUCAUGUGGGUUAACGACAAGGAGGAGGAGGAGCUCAUGUUUGACUGGGGAGACAAGAACAUCGACCAGUACAUCCCAAAGAAGCAGGAGAGCUACUCGAAACUGAUGAGUGCCCUAGAGGACAAAGAGAAGGAACUGAAUAAACUGAAGGCCAAAGCGGAUACCCUACUGAAGGACAACCAUCCAGCUGCAGACAAGAUCGAGGCUUACAAGGACACUCUGCAAACUCAGUGGAGUUGGCUCCUUCAAAUCACCAAGUGCAUUGAUACUCAUCUGAAGGAGAAUGCAGCUUACAGCCAGUUCUUCAGAGAGGCCAAUGAGACAUACAGCACCCUGCAGAAGGAACACGAGUUGGUUCGUACGAAGUUCACCUGUGACAAGAACACUCCACUGGAGAACCUUCUGGAGAUCCUCGGCAGUCUUGAGAGGGAAAAGGAGAGAAUUAUGGAUAACAAGAGGCAGGUUCAACAUCUGGCCAUUCAGUCCAAGAACAUUGUGAGGCUGAAACCCAGAAACCCUGAAGAGAAGUGCAGCAGCCCUGUCAUCGUCAAAGCCCUAUGUGACUUCAAACAAGACCAAAAGGUGAUCUGUAAGGGAAAUGAAGCCAUUUUAAAAGACAACAGUCAACGCAGUAAAUGGGAUGUUACAGGCCCGGGAGGACUGGAUAUGACAGUGCCCUCUGUGUGCCUGAUCGUACCACCUCCCAACCCACUCGGCAUCAGUCUGGCCAACAAGAACGAGCAGUACUAUGAGGCCAUCCUGUCCAUCUGGAAUCAGCUAUACAUCAACAUUAAGAGUCUCAUCGCCUGGCAGUACUGCCUAUCUGAUAUCAGAACAAUCAAGUCGCUCACCAUCGAGAUGCUGUCCACCAUGCGUCCAGAGGACUACCACAAACUUAUCAAGAGCUUGGAGAGUCACUACGAGGAGUUCAUACUGGCGAGCAGCGGCUCCCAGAUGUUUGUCGACGAGGACAAGAGAGCCAUCGAGAACCAGUUCAACGGAGCCCAGAACCACUUUGAACAGCUGGUGGUGCAGCUGCCUACUUAUAAUGCACAGCUGGAACAGAUAGAAAAACAGAAAGCAGCCGAGCAGCAAUACCAACAUCAGUUGAUCAUAAUACAGCAGCAAAAUGCGGCCGAAGCGGAGGCUAGGAGGCUCAAAGAAGAGGCCAUAAGGCGCGAGGAGGAGGCCAGGAGGCUCAAAGAAGAGGAGGCCAGGAGGCUCAAAGAAGAGGAGGCCAGGAUCCGUGAAGAAAAAUGUCACAUCGAGGGGCAGAUAAAAAAGAAGAAGGUGAAGGUCACCUCCCAUAGCUUAUCUGAGCUGCAUGCGCUUAGACUUAGACUGGAGGGCGCUGAGGGCACGCUAAGUCAGCACGUUCAUAUCUGCCUUGGAGACGACGGGAUGAAUGACUGUGGCCUCAAGAUCACUCAGUUGGAGAUGGUGCAGCAUGAUGUCGAGUCGAUGCGUGAGGAAUUCUCACGUCUGGAGGAGCGUAUUUUGAAGGAGCUCGCUGGCAUAACUGAUGCAGAUAAGGCCAAGUUCCUCCGCAAUGAGCUUAGAGUCAUCAACGAAAGACUGAGCAGUCUGGAUAGCAGCUCAUCAGCUUACCUACAGCGGCUGCAGGCUCUAAGGGAAAUGCUGGAGAGUGUGGCACAAGCUGAAGACAUAGUGAAAGUUCAUGAGGCGAGACUGACAGAGAAAGAGACCACCUCUCUGUCACCCAGUGAAGUGGAGGAUUACAUAACGACCCUGCAGAAUAUUAAAGCAGAGCUGGAUCAGAAAAAGGAUGUCCUGGCCUCCAUGGAGGCAGAGUUAGGCAAGGCCAGCUACUGGAACAGCCAGGUGGGUGGGCCCUCCCACAGGUGUGACAUGAUGCUGUCCAAAUACACUGAGCUGGUGAGCCUGCUGUCGGACCGCUGGAGACGAAUCCUGGGGCAGAUUGACACCAGAAUCCUGGAUUUGGAGACGUACCAGCCUAAACUGGAGCACUACAAGCAAACCAGCACAUCCCUUAUUGACUGGAUCGAUACAACAGAGAAAAAACAAGACCUCCUGCAGGCCACCAAGAUAGACAGCAUCCCAGCACUGACAGAACAUAUUAACGACCAGAAGGGCUUGAACACAGAAAUCAAAAUGAAGAGGGAGACAGUGGACAGUGUGCUGAAGGAUAAUGAGGCCUGUGUGAAUUCUGUCAAGGACUAUGAAAUGGACUUGGCCUCUUACACCUCUGGUUUAGAGACUUUGCUCAACAUCCCCUUUAAAAGGCCAAUGUUGAAGUCACCGUCGAUGGAUCUUAAUCUGGAAGCUACACAACUGCAAACCCGUUACAUGGAGUUGCUCACCCAUUCAGAUGAUUACUACAAAUUCCUGGGAACGCUGCUCAAAAACAUGGAGGAGAUCAAGAUUCGGAACACCAGGAUUGACCUGUUAGAGGAGGAACUUCGCCUGCUGAGAGAAGAUAUGCAAGGCCGCGAUGCCAAGAACAAAUCUCUAGAAGAAGCUAUUUCUCGCUAUCAGCUGGAUCUGUCCCUGUCACAUGAAAAGCUGGUGUCAAUGGAGGAGAUGUCUACGUGCAAUGCCACCAAGGACAUUUUAGACACCACCCAGAGCCAGCUGGCAGACCUGAAAGAUGAGGUGGCACAUCUCAAGUGCUUGCUUGAGGAAGAGAAGAGGAAGAGGAGACUGGCAGAGGAGCGCUACACUAUGCAGCAGGAAGAGUAUGAGUUGGUGCUGAGCAAGAGACAGAAGGAGCUGGAAACAGUCAGCUGGAGCAAGGUGGACUUAGAGAAGAGUGGGUCAAGUAAGGAUCAUGAGAUUGAACAGCUGCGGCGGCAGUUGGCUGAGGAGGCAGCGAGGAUCAAGGAGCUACAGAAGGAGAUGUCAAAGGUAAGGAGCCAAUGUAGUACGGAGAUCAAUAACUUAAAGCUCAGCUACGAAUCCCAGAUCCAGAUCAGCCACACAGAUAUGCAGAGGCUGGCAGCCCAGAAGGACGAGGACACAGCUGAUCUCCAGCAGCAGUAUGACAGGAUGGAGGCAGAGAGAAGGAAUCUGGAGGAGGAGCUCAGGAGGCUCAGGAUGUCUAUGAGCCAUGUUGAGGAACAAAGGAAGAGAGCAGAAGAAGAAUCUCGCAGUCAGCGUUCUGUCAUCACAGAGGAAGGACGAAGGAGGAGAGAACUGGAAAGUCAACUGGAGUUGCUGAUGAGGCAGAGAGAUGAGGAAAGCAGUCAGUAUAUGGAGGAGUUGGCUGAAGCCAUGAAGGCUCUGCAGGAGAAGAAUGAGGAGCUGGCCUACAUCACACACAGUCUGGAGGAGGAGACCCGCAGAAGGAAAACAACAGAGGAAGGGCAGGGUGUGCUUGAACAGACUGUGACCCAACUUCAGGUGAAGCUAACCAGUUCAGCGAUGGCUGAGACCCAGCUUGGAGAACGUGAAGAGGAGCUUCGGAAGAUGCGUUCAGAGCUUGAGAGGGAGAACAGGGAGCGAAGCAGAGUAGAACAGAACAUGAGCAGGUUACAAGGACGUGUGAAGGACCUCCAGGAGGUGAGAGAUGGGCUGGAAAGCCAAGUGGAGAAUCUGAGGAAGGCUAACCAAGAGGAAGUGUUGAGAAGAAGGCAGGCUGAAACCGAGCUGGAAAACACCGCCAAAGCCAUGACCGAGUACGUCAGCACCAUUACCACUCUACGCCAGAACCAAGAACAUGCCAGCACAGCAGAAAAAAGAGGCGAAGAAGAGCGUCUUAGGUUGCAAGAGGAGCUGGAGAAAAGCUUGAGACAAAACAAGAACUCUGCAGAGCGCAUGACACAGCUGAGUGCUGAGCUGAAGGCCAUGCAGCAGCAACUCCUCCAGGAGCAGGCAAGAGCCAAAGAGGCCAACCUCAGGAAUGAGAGCCUUUACAGAACUAUAGAGGAGAAGAGUAUGGAACUGAAUAAGAACUGUGUUCAGGUUCAAAAGCUGAAGGAGAUGACAGAAACCCAGACCAAAGAGAGGCUGAGGCUGGAGGAGGAACUAAAGACAACAAAACAUGAUAAAGAGGAACUCCUGAGGGCCAAACAGGGAAUUAAUGACGAGCUCUUCUCCCAGAUCACUGCUCUGGAGAUGCAGCUGCAGACCAGUGAGCGCAGCAAUGUAGAUUACCGCAACCUGGUCUCAGAGCUCUCCUCAGAGAGGGAGAAACUCAAGCUGGAGACAGAGAAAAUACAAACGCAGGCCACCGAGACAACAGCCAUGAUGCAAUCCAUUCAGUCCCAGCACAAUGAGAUUGUGAAUGAGAGAGAUGCUCUUUUGCUGAAACUGCAAUUAUCAGAAAAGGACAAAGAUCGCUACCAAAGACUAGAGGAGGAACUCAGUCGCAUUAAACUGUCCCUAGACUCUGAGGUUCGUAAUAAGCAACGUCUACAGGAGGAGAACGAAAGGGGGAAGAGGGACGUAAAUUACUGGAAGGACCAGUGUAAUAGUAAGCAGGACCUGAUCAAGCAAUAUGACGCAGACAAGGAACGCCUGGAAAGGGAAAGGAACUCUCUGAAAAGUGAAAUAGACAGGCUGAUGAGGGAGCUCAGGGAGCUUGAUGACACAUUUAAAAGUAGGCUGUCAUCCAUGCAGAAAGAAAUGCGAGAGAUGACUGUUGUCAAACAAAGCAUGGAAACUGAGCUGAAAAAAAAUAGAGAGCCAGCAACCUUGGAUGCCUCUACUGUGGUUUUUGAUGGUGUCCGUAAGCCAGUCACAGCAAACCAGUUGCUUGAAUGUGGUGUUUUGGACAAACCAACAGUUAGCCAGCUUGUGAAGGGACAUAAAACUGUCCCUGAUGUGUCUGUUGACAAAAAAGUCUGUCUCAAGGGAACAGGCCCAAUAGCUGGGGUGGUAAUUGAAGGUCCAAAGGGUCCAGGGUCUAUUGCUGGACCCCAAUACAAAAUGACUUUCACCGAAGUCAAGAAAGAGAAUCUGCUGCCACCAGAUAGUAUUGACUUGCUACUGGAUGCUCAGGCUGCCACAGGCCACAUAAUUGACCCCAGAACUAAUCAGAAGUUGACAGUUGAAGAGGCUUGUGAUCAAGGUGUGGUUGAUGAAGAGGACAGAGAGAGGUUGUUAGCAGCAGAGGCUGCAGCUGUUGGAUAUUAUGACCCUGGAACAAGCAAACCCCUUUCAGUAUUUCAGGCCAUGAAGAAAGGACUGAUUGACAAGAACACAACACUGCGUCUGCUACAAGCCCAGGAGUCUGUGGGGGGCAUCCUUGACCCCAUACUCAGUGUGUUCCUUCCCAAAAACACAGCCAUUGAGCGUAAUCUAAUCAAUGAUGACAUAUAUCGAGCUCUGAAUCAGAGGCCUGAACUCUACCUGGACCCAGAAACUGAGGAGGGUGUAACCUAUAUGUCAAUGAAAGGGAGAUGUAAGGUGGAUCCACUCACAGGCCUUCUGCUUUUUCCUAUUCUUGAGAGGGUAGAUCCUUCCAAACUUGUCUUUGAAGGUGUUCGGAAACCUGUCACAGCUAAGCAGCUGCUUGAUUGUGGUGUCCUGGAAAAGCCAACAUAUAAAGAUCUAGAGAAGGGGAAGAAAAAUGUACCAGAGGUUUCGGUAGACAAAAAUGUUAAUCUUAAGGGGACUGGGCCUAUUGCUGGGGUUAUAGUUGGGAGUCAAGGCAAAAUGUCUUUCUCAGAAGCCAAGAAACGAAUGCUCCUGCCUGAGGAUUGUGCAGAUUUGCUACUGGAAGCCCAGGCUGCCACAGGUCACAUCAUUGACCCAAGAACCAAUCAGAAGCUGACAGUAGAGGAGGCAUGUGCCAGAGGGAUUGUGGAUGUUAGGGAUCGAGACAGACUUCUGGCAGCAGAGGCUGCUGCUGUGGGAUACAAGGAUUCAAGCACAGCUAAACCUCUCUCAGUGUUUGAGGCCAUGAAGAAGGAACUGAUCGACAGGAGGACUGGGCUACGCCUGCUGCAGGCCCAGGAGUGUGUGGGAGGUAUUCUAGAUCCCAAUCUCAGUGUGUUCCUUCCCACUGAUACAGCUAUCAAACGCAACCUUUUGGAUGAAAACCUACGUCGAGCUCUAAUCCUGAAUCCUGAGUGUUACAUUGACCCAGAAACUGAGUGUGAUGCCAGCUAUGGAAAAUUAAAGAAAAGAUGCAAGACAGAGCCUCACACAGGUCUUCUACUAUUGCCCAUCACUGAGAGGCUAGACCCUUCCAAACUGAUCUUUAAUGGAGUUCGUAAGCCGGUAACAGCCCAGCAAUUGCUUGAUUGUGGGGUCCUGGACAAUUCCACAUUCAGCCAGCUAAUAAAGGGAGAGAAAACUGUCCCAGAGGUGUCUGAGGAUAAGAAGGUCUUUCUGAAGGGGACAGGAUCAAUUGCUGGUGUUGCAGCUGGACCUUUAGGGAAAAUGUCUUUAUUAGAGGCCAAAAAACAGAUGCUCAUGCCCCCAGUUAGUGCAGAUUUGUUACUGGAUGCCCAGGCUGCCACAGGUCACAUCAUUGACAUCACAACCAAUGAGAAGCUGACAGUAGAGGAGGCAUGUGCCAGAAGAGUGGUGGACAUAAGGGAUCGAGAUAGACUCUUAGCAGCAGAAGCUGCUGCUGUAGGCUAUCGGGAUCCUAGCACAGCCAAGCCUCUUUCAGUAUUUGAGGCCAUGAAGAAGGGACUAAUUAACAGAAAUACUGGGCUACGCCUGCUACAGGCUCAGGAGUCUGCAGGUGGCAUUCUAGAUCCCAAUCUCAGUGUGUUCCUCCCCAGAGAUACGGCUAAAAAGCGCAACCUUUUGGAUGAAGACCUCAGUCAUGCUCUCAACCAAAGCCCUGCUUGUUACAUUGACCCAGACACUGACCAUGGUAUCAGCUAUGGGGCUUUAAAGAAGAGAAGCAAAACAGAGUCUCAUACAGGCCUGAUACUUCUGCCAAUCACUGAAAGGAAAGACCCUUCCAAACUGAUGUUUGAUGGAAUCCGCAAGCAAGUCUCAGCACAGCAGUUGUUUGAAUGUGGAAUCCUUGAUAAACCUACAUUUGACCAGCUAGUCAAAGGGGAGAAAACCAUUCCAGCAGUGUCUUUGGAAAAAACAGUCUAUCUAAAGGGAACAGGACCCAUUGCUGGGGUGGUAGCUGGGCGAGAAGGAAAAAUGUCUUUCUCAGAAGCCAAGAAUCAGAUGCUUAUGCUCCCAGCUAGUGCAGAUUUGCUACUAGAAGCCCAAGCUGCUACAGGUUACAUCAUUGACCCAAGAACCGACCAGAAGCUGACCGUAGAGGAGGCAUGUGCCAGAGGGCUCAUGGAUAUUAGGGAUCGAGACAGAUUAUUGGCAGCAGAAGCUGCUGCUGUGGGAUACAAAGAUCCUAGCACAGCCAAGCCUCUUUCAGUAUUUGAGGCCAUUAAGAAGGGGAUAAUUGACAGUAAGACUGGGCUACGCCUGCUACAGGCUCAGGAGUCUGUAGGGGGUAUUCUAGAUCCCAAUCUCAGUGUAUUCCUCCCCAAAGAUACAGCUAAGAAGCGUAACCUUUUGGAUGAGGACCUUAGUCAUGCUCUCAAUCAAAGUCCUGCUUGUUACAUUGACCCAGAGACUGAGUAUGAUACCAGCUAUGGGGCUUUAAAGAGGAGAAGCAAAACAGAGUCUCACACAGGCCUGAUACUUCUGCCAAUCACUGAAAGAAAAGACCCUUCCAAACUGAUGUUUGAUGGAAUCCGCAAAAAAGUCUCAGCACAGCAGAUGUUUGAAUGUGGAGUCCUUGAUAAACCUACAUUUGACCAGCUUGUAAAAGGGGAAAAAACUGUCUCAGAGGUGUCUGUGGAAAAGAUGGUCUUUCUAAAGGGGACUGGACCGAUUGCUGGGGUACUUACUGGACAUCAUGGGAAAAUGUCUUUGUUUGAAGCCAAGAAAAAGAUGAUCCUGCCUCCAGAUAGUGCAGAUUUGUUACUUGAAGCCCAAGCUGCCACAGGCCACAUCAUUGACCCUAAAACUAAUCAGAAGCUGACAGUGGAGGAGGCAUGUGCCAGAGGAGUGGUGGAUAUCAGGGAUCAAGAAAGAUUAUUGGUAGCGGAGGCUGCCGCUGUGGGCUACAAAGAUCCUAGUGCAGCCAGGCCUCUUUCAGUAUUUGAGGCCAUGAAUAAGGGAAUAAUUGACAGUAAGACUGGGCUGCGCCUGCUGCAGGCACAGGAGUCUGUGGGAGGUAUUCUAGACCCCAAUCUCAGUGUGUUCCUCCCUAAAGAUGCAGCUAUCAAACGUAAGCUUUUGGAUGAAAACCUCCGUCAAAUUUUAAUGCGAGGUCCUGCUUGUUACCUUGACCCAGAAACUGAGCAUGGUGCCAGCUAUGGGGCUUUGAAAGAAAGAUGCAAGACAGAGCCUCAAGCAAGCCUUCAACUUUUGCCAGUUUCUGAGAAGUUUGACCCUUCCAAACUACUCUUUGAUGCUGUACGUAAGACAGUUACAGCACAACAGCUGCUUGAUUGUGGGGUCCUGGACAAGCCAACAUUCAACCAACUAAUCAAGGGGGAGAAAACUGUUCUAGAAGUGUCUGUGGAUAAGAAGGUCUUUCUUAAGGGCACUGGGUCAAUAUCUGGUGUUGCAGCUGGACCUCUUGGUAAAAUGUCUUUUACAGAUGCCAAGAAACAAAAAAUUAUGCCUGCUGACUGUGCUGACAUGCUGCUGUAUGCUCAGGCAGCCACAGGCAACAUUAUUGACCCUAAAACUAAUCAGAGGCUGACUGUAAAGGACGCAUGUGCCAGAGGAGUGGUGGAUAAGGAGGAUGUAUCAAAGUUGUUUGCAGCUGAAUCUGCAUCUAUAGGUUACAGAGACCCACAUACUGGAAAGCUCCUGUCAGCUGGCCAGGCCAUGAAAAAGGGAUUAAUUGACAAGGAUACAGCUCUACGUAUACUUCAGGCUCAGGAGUCUGUAGGUGGCAUUUUGGAUCCUGCUCUUGGUGUAUUCUUACCCAAAGAUGCCGCCAUGGAUCGAGAUCUCAUAAAUGAGGAGCUAUACCAGGCCCUGAAUCAGUAUCCCAAGUGUUAUCUGGACCCAGACACUCAACAAGCUACUACCUAUGUAUCUCUGAAAAGAAAAUGCAAAGCAGAUCCGAGCACAGGUCUUUUGCUUCUUCCUGAACCUAAAAAGCCAAUAACUUUUCAGGGGUUAAGGGGCCCGGUGUCAGUCAAUGACCUUAUGGAUGCAAACCUAUUAGACCGGUCAGAUUUGGACCGAUUGAGGGAGGGCAGAUUGACAAGCCGGGACAUUGAAGACCGCCUGCACUCCUACCUGAGAGGUUCCACCUGCAUAGCAGGAAUUUAUGAUAAGGCCAGUGAUAAGGUAAUGCCCAUCUAUCAGGCCAUGAAAGAUGGACUGUUGCGACCUGGGACCACUUUAGAACUGCUUGAGGCCCAGGCUGCCUCAGGUUUUAUAGUAGAUCCUGUCAACAACCAUUACCUGACUGUUAGUGAUGCCUACAAUAAAAGACUAUUUGGGCCAGAGUUUAAGGACAACCUGCUAUCAGCAGAGAGGGCUGUGACUGGUUACAAACUUCCUGGUACUGACAAGACUAUCUCCCUCUUUCAGGCCAUAGAAAGAGGCCUAGUGGAGAAAGGUCAUGGCAUCCGUCUGCUGGAGGCCCAGAUUGCCAGUGGUGGUAUCAUUGAUCCGGAACACAGUCAUCGUAUUGAUGUAAACGUAGCCUACAAGAGAGGCUACUUUGAUAAGGAAAUGAACAAGAUCCUGACUGAUCAGACUGCUGAUACUAAGGGUUUCUUUGACCCCAAUACAGAAGAAAACCUAACUUAUAUGGAGCUUAAGAAACGCUGCACUACAGAUGAGAAGACUGGCCUCAUCCUUUUGCCUAUCAUUGACACGAAAAAUGAAGAGUCAACUCAGACUAACACACGGAGAAAGAGGAGAGUGGUAAUUGUGGAUCCUGCAACUAAUAAAGAGAUGACAGUGCGUGAGGCAUAUGAUAAAGGGUAUAUUGACUACGACACCUUCCUAGAGCUGUCUGAGCAGGAGUGUGAGUGGGAGGAGGUCACUAUCACUAAUCCAGAUGGUUCCACACAGUUUCUUCUUAAUGACAAGAAGACUGGAAGACAGUAUGAUAUUACUGAGUUGAUUGAAACAGGAGUAAUUGAUCAGUCGGAUGUAGAUCGGUACCGAUCACGUACCAUCACCCUUACUCAAUUUGCAGAUAUCAUCUGCAACAAGACCAAGCAUGGGUCAUCAUCAUUUUCAACGUCAUCAUCGACUUCAAGAACAUCAGCAUCUCGGGGUACAUCUUCAGUGACAUCAUCAUCAUCAUCAUCAACUUCAAGAACAUCAGCAUCCCUGGGUUCAUUGUCAGAGACAUCAUCAUCAACUUUUAGAACAACAGCAGCCUCAGUUCCAUUGUCAGUGACAUCAUCAUCAUCAUCAUCAUCAUCAGUCCUGCCAAGACCCUUAUCACCUACAUUUUCCAACAUGACAUUAACAAAAACCACCACUGUCACAGAGCGAAGCACCUCAGUCAGUGGUGUAGCUCGAGACACACUUGACUCAGCUAGGGGUGUAUCAAGCGUAUCUAUCACCCUGUCUUCUCCUGCUGAAACAGUGGGUGAUCUAGAACCUGUGGGUGCCAUCUUUGACACAGACAAUAUGGAGAAGAUAUCCAUCACAGAGGCUCUAAAUCGUGGUUUGGUGGAUUCCAUCACUGCCCAGAGACUGCUUGAAGCUCAGGCCUGCACAGGAGGAAUCAUCAAUCCCACAAAUGGCCAAAGGCUCAGCAUCCAAGAGGCCUCCCGCCAAGGCAUAAUAAGUGAUGACAUGGCCCUUAAGCUUAAGCCUGCCCAGAAAGCCUAUUUUGGCUUUGAGGAUGUGAAAAACAGAAAGAAGAUGUCUGCUGCUCAGGCCAUGAAGGAGAUGUGGCUGCCAUACGAGGCAGGGCAGAGGUUCCUGGAGUUCCAGUUUGUAACAGGGGGAGUUUAUGACCCAGAAAUGGAGUGUAGAAAAACCCUAGAGGAUACUGUAAAAAUGGGCUGGCUGGAUGAGAGAGCAGCCACGAAGCUCCAAGACACCAGACAUCACACAAAGAACCUGACCUGCCCCAAGACCAAACUUAAGAUCUCUUACAAGGAGGCUCUGGAUAAUUGCCUGGUGGAGGAAAGCAAUGGGGUGAAAAUGCUCCAGGCAUCAGCUGAGUCUUCCAGAGGGAUCAGCAGUCCUUACAAUGCCUCCUCUACCCCAGGAUCUGCUUCUGGCUCCAGAAGUGGCUCACGACAAGGCUCCCGUAGGAGCAGUGUGGACCUAGGCUCCCCGACCUCCUCAUCAACUAGUCGCACUAGCUUUCGUCAUACUAGCUACAGCUUCUCCUCCACAUCUGCCAAAUAGAUCAGAGAAAGGUCCUGCACAUGAUGCUCUUGCAAAUGAAUCAGACUGUUAAGAGUAUACUGAUUGUUCAGAAAAUAACUUGUGUGUUGUACAUGAGGAGAAACAUUCAAAGAUAAUGUUGUUAAUCUUUCUGCAUAGUUUUAGGUUUUUGCUUUGGUGUUGCUAUGCUUUUAAAAUACAAUAGUUCAAAUGAUAAUGAAAAUGAACACUGACGAUAUUUUUUGUGGAAAUUGACUUAAGUGUUAAUGGCAGCCAACUUCAGGUAUAUGGCUUGAAAAAAAAACUUAUGUUAGUAUAAUUGUUGGUGGCCUUAAAUUAGUCUCAGAAAUGUUUGCCAUAUUGUUGCCUACACAUAGGCCUAUUUGACAUAUCUUCAAAAAUUUUCAUUCAAUGUAAUUUCUUUUUAACCUUUGCAUUGUUAACAUAGCGGUGUUUUGUUUACAUUUAUUCACCAUCUUAAAUGCCUGUUUUGUGAGGGAAGGGAUACAAAGGCUGGGUUACACAUUUUAUACAUUACAUACAUUACACUGUUUAAAAAAACAAACAAAAACAAAUCAGUUAACUUGUUUUUGCCGUUUAAUGCUUUCCAUCUUGUAACAGUUUCUCAGUAUCUCAAAAUAAACGCUAACCUUUGAGUCA